AUGUGUCAGCGACUCAUUGAGACGGUCGAGCAUAGAUGCGGGUGUAGAAUCGAUUCCCCUGGCAGUGUCAUUGAGCUCAACGGUUGCAACAAUUGCGGCAUAAUCAAGAGAACGCAACAAAUGGGCAAGAUGACUAAGAGAGACCCAUGCCCCGAUUCUAUUGCCAAUGGCUUCUGGGUGAAGAGGAAUGGAAAGUGGGAGAAGGCUUAG